AUGCAUCAAUAUUUCAUGAUGAAUAAUAAAGUGUUUUCAGGUGAAGAACCCACGGUCAACAUUUGCGAGAGCCGCCGGCAAAGGCCAUCAAUCACAGUCAGGACCCCGCCCAUCCUGACAACGAAAACCAAUCAGCGGUUCCGAGCCCGCCCUCUCCCGAAGACUGACGCGAGCUCAGGUGACCCCGGAUGUAGAUGUGUGGCAGGCGUUGACCCUAGAUGUUUGGGGUGCUGCAGCAACGGGACGGGCGAGAUGGAGCGUGAUCAGGAGGAGCGUCCACCACGUGCCCUUCCGCCAUUGCCAAGCAGCAAAACUAAAGAUGCAUCUACAAACAAAACCAAAAAGAAAAAAGCCAGAACAAGCAAUGGAGUAGACACUUUGAUGAGCUCAACAGGAAGGCGCAAGUCUGAAAGCAUAGAGCCCCUUACCCCAGAUCGUCAGGAUGCUCCUCCUCAAAAGAAAAAGAAGAGGAGAAAGCUACUACCAGCAGCUGAUUCAGAAACCACCUUUACCCAGCAGAGUAUCUCUGAAGUGUACAACUUGUACAGUGGACCAAACAAUGAACUUUCACGUAAAACCAGGAAGAGAAACAAGAGAACUCGCCCAGCAGACCACAGCAAUGAACUUGACGUGGAGGAAGAUGACAUUAUCAAUGAUGGGCAGGCUCCCUGGCCCAAAGGCCCUCUGUUUUCUCAGUCCUUGGGUUCCAGCCAGCCUGUGAGCAAAGUAUUUCUUGAACGUAGCCGACGGUUUCAAGCUGCUGACAGGGUUGAGGCAGAGAAAAUUGCCAAACAAGUCGAGGUUUACAUGGAGGUUAAAUCCACCCGGACAACCAAAGAUGUCUCUUUACAGGCACACCGUGGAUUCAGGAUAAUUGGGCUUUUCUCACAAGGAUUUCUGGCUGGAUAUACGGUGUGGAACAUUGUGGUAGUUUAUGUGCUUUCUGGUUACAAUUUUGCCAACAUCUCAAAUCUGCUCCAGCAAUACAGCAUGCUAGUCUACCCAAGCCAGUGCCUUCUGUAUUUCUUGCUUGCAAUCAGCACAGUCUCAGCAUUUGACAGGCUUAACAUGGCUGAUGCAUCAAUGACACUCCGCAGAAUGGUGACACUGGACCCCACAGCAGUUGCCUCUUUCUUAUAUGUCGCAGCUCUGAUACUAUCACUCAGCCAGCAGAUGGCCAGUGACAAGUUUAACUGGUACCGGUCACCACAAGAUAUCACCAAUGCCACACUUUGGACUUCUAGAUCAGAGUUUUUGAUUCUGCACCCUUGGGUUGUAGUAAACCUAGUAGCUACCAUCUUAGUUUCACUGGCCUGGAUUUUCCUGUCUUAUCAGCCUAUGCUUGAUCAUACUGAAGAAGUGGAGUUUGGAUUGGCUCUGAAUGAAACAGUUGAACCUAAUGAGAAAUCCAAAGCACAAGCGUAAACCAGUGUCUGGUUUAAUGCUGAUUGAAGAUAUAUGAAACAUUCUCUCUGAAUGGUUUGUCUGUAGGUUACUUUGAAAACCCUUUUGUAUUGUUUACGAUGAAUUUAUAUUUGUGUAGGUAUUUACAUUUUUUAUGCCAAAGAUGAUCCUCACCUUGUUGGAAAGUGAUUGUUCCAACCUAACAUUAAUGCUUGUUGGUCAACAAAUGUUGUAGCAUUUGCAAUUCAGUGUAGAGCAGUGAUCAUUGUCUGGCACCUCUGAAUGCAGCCAUGAAUGUUAAAGCUCAAGGCUUAUUAUUCCAGCUGCCCAUCAUUUGGUACUAUUUGCCACUAAUGUGGCCAUCUUGGAGAGAUAAUGGGAGUGGCAUUUACACAAAAGGCUGAAAAAGAUGAUGCAUUGUGCAUGAGUAACACUACUAAGCAUUUUGAGACACUACGGGGGGCAGCCUGAUUCAUUAUUCAAUCUGUUUUGGACAGUGUCCAAGGUAUGUUUGGCAGGACAGUGCAGAAGGAGCCUGUUGAUGUCUGAAAAGAGGUGACUGGAUACAAUGCAACAUACCUACUCCAGUUGGUCGAUCAAGGGCAUGUAUGCUGAUGCAUGGGAUUAAAUGUGGAUCUCAGAAUGUGAUGAAAGCAGUAUCUCGAGAAACAAUGGCCAUUCAGAUGUUUCAGAAAUGAUGUAUAGAGAGUCCUUACAGAAAUGAACUCUGGAUCACCCCAAGCUGUAAUACUGCAGUGCAAACCGCUACUCUACCAUGGUGCCCAUUUCUGGUGGAUAGCACGACACUAUUACAGUUUGGGGUGUUCCAGUGCUGUUCUUUAACGAGUCUCUGUACGUCCUCCCCAUGGAAUGUGUGGAUUUUCUCCGGGUCCUCCAAUUUCCUCUCAUGGUCCAAAGACGUAUUGGGUGGGUUAAAUGGUCAUUGUAAAUUGUCCCGUGAUUAGGUUAGCGUUAAUCGGGCUAGUUGGAAAGCUGCAGGGGCAGCGUGGCUCAAAGGGCCUACUCCGCGCUAUAUCACUAAAUAAAUCAAAUAAAUAUCUAAUUAUUCAUAUAGAUGCUCCUCUUAAUGUAACUGUAUGAGGAUCAUAAUUAUAUGUGUACUGUGUGACUAUAUGUACUUUAUUUUUCACCUUGGCCGCAGAAGAGUGAUGUUUUGUUUAGCUGUAUACAUAUGUAUGGUUGAAUGACAAUAAACUUGAAGCAGCAAUAUCCAAGCAAAAAUGACCUCAAGGUCCUCCCCUCCACUUAUUAAUGGCACUUGUAGUUAUUGACACCAGAAAAGUUCAUGGUUCUGUUUAAGGAUUUGUACAUCAGCAUAGGAUAUAGUCCCUUCCAAAGGCCAUGUUGUUCAAGCCAGACAAAUGAACAAAUAGUAAAGAAAUAAAUUGUACUGACAAGAUGGCACUGAGCUGCAAUGUCUGUUGGGUUUGUGGCUCUGACUAAGUUUUUUUUAAGUUGGUAGGCAUGAAUUUUGGGAACAGUGUGGGGGAUGGUUGGAGGUCAGGUUAGGGUUUAGUUUCAGGAUGGGUGGGAAUGAAAGAUGAGAAGCAGUGAAUGUAGAGUUGGGGAAAGGAGUGGGGGUCAGUGUUCAGGACGAAGCGCUCUGUGCUUGGAAGCCUAUGAUCCUCAAGGAUAGAGGGAUGAGGUCUGCGAGCUCUGAGAAAGAAGGCCAGUGAAUCCUGAGGUUAGUGAGUCAUGGUCAGCAAGUCCCAGAGUUGGAGGCCCAGUGGGGUGGGGUGGUGUCAGUUGGCAAGUCUGGAGGUUGAGGCCUGAUGUCUGUGAGUCUGGGGCCAAAGGACUGGAGGCCAGAAGCCCAGUGGUCGCCUUCCUUGGGAUUGGAGGCCUGUCUGUGUUUCCAGGUACACCUAUAGAUAUUUUCUUUCCAACUAACAUCACUGAAACAUACUGAUCACUUAGUUCAUCGGCUUGCAUUUGUACAAAUUGGUUGCUGUAUUUUUCACACCAUGUAACAGCUGCUUCUGAAACACUUCACUGGCUGCAGGAUUAUUCAGGAUAACAUGAUGUUGUGGAAGGCACUG